UGGCGACAAGAUGGCUGCCCGAGGGAGACGGGCGGAGCCUCCAGGCCGGGAGGCGCCAGGCCCCGCGGGCGGCGGCGGGAGCCGAUGGGUGGAAUCGGGACCCGGCACGUCUCCCGAGAGCGGAGACGACGAGGUGUCGGGAGCCAGCUCGAGCCCCGUGUCGGGCGGCGUCAACUUGUUCGCCAACGAUGGCAGCUUCCUGGAGCUGUUCAAGCGGAAGAUGGAGGAGGAGCAGCGGCAGCGGCAGGAGGAGCCGCCCCCCGGGCCGCAGCGAAGACCCGAUCAGCCGGCCUCCGCCACGCCGGGGCCAGGGGAUCCGAAGAGGAAGGGAGGCCCGGGCCCUACGCUCAGCUUCGUGGGCAAGCGCAGAGGCGGGAACAAGCUAGCCCUCAAGACGGGAAUAGUAGCCAAGAAGCAGAAGACGGAGGAUGAGGUAUUAACAAGUAAAGGUGACGCGUGGGCCAAGUACAUGGCAGAAGUGAAAAAGUACAAAGCCCACCAGUGCGGUGAUGAUGAUAAAACUCGGCCCCUGGUGAAAUGACCCCUUCCUGGGUGCCUUCGGCCUGGGACUCUGCGAUGUACAUAACUAUUUAAUGCGGCAGCGGUGGCGGCGGCCUUCCCCCAGAGGACUGAUACACAGAAGGAAACCGGGGUGCUUCCUGCAGCCGCGGACCAUUCUCCAGGACUCUUUUUUUACCUUGAGCACUUGUCUCCUGAGAUUACUAGACCAUGGUUUACUGUCCCCUUUCUUCCCACCUCCUUGCUCUCUGGCUUUUUCUGUCUUCCUCUUCCCUUCUCCCUCCCUUUAGCCAUCACUUCUGAGAAGUAAAGAACUUGACUUAGUGCUGGA